UCACUUUGCUUGAGUCUUGAGGUCGGAGCCGGGGUUGUGAAGGCGGCAACUGGCGCACUUUCAUCUUGUGUUGGCUGGGAUUGAGUUUGGAGUUGGCUUUGAGUAAUUGAUUGUUCCCUGAUUUGCGAAGGUUUAAGACCGGAAGGCAAUAUGGCGUGGAUGCUGCGAAUCAUUGGGACGAAGUUCGUGUCCACAGUAGCCCCUUCUGCACCUUAUUCCUCUAGAUUCUUCUCCAAAUCAACUCCAUACAUCGACCUAUGGAUAGAUAAUAACCUUGUUAUGAUGCUUGCUGCUGCAGCGAAGGUUGGAAUCCCCGAGUUUCUGAAUGGAAUAGGGAAUGGAGUUGAAUCCCAUGUUUCUAAGCUUGAAACAGAAAUCGGUGACUUCCAAAAGCUCCUUGUCUGUCGCACUCUCAAGCUCAAGAAGCUGGGCAUUCCCUGCAAACAUAGGAAGUUAAUAUUGAAAUAUGCACACAAGUACCGGCUGGGAUUAUGGAGGCCACGAACUGAACUGAUCAAGUCAUGAUCGGUUUCUUGAUAGCUUUUCUUUAUCACACCUAAAGUUCUAGAUGCACCAACAAGUGAAUGCUGGAUUUUGCACGGAAAGAACAAGUCUAUUGAUUCUGAUGCUACCCAACUUCUUCAUCCUAUUCAGGUCUUGUGGAUAGUUUUUUGGGUAUAUGCGCCAUUGAAACACAAGAGACUUGUCCUGGUUGACCGUCUGCGUGGUUGGUCGUUUAUUCUGGUGCAUUUACUGCAUUUGUCUUGGUGUAUGACUUGUUUUUAGCAGCUAGGGGGUUGAGGGAUUGGAAGAUUCCACAAUGCUUCAUUUAUUCCAUGAUAGCUAUGGUAAAUUUCAACGAAUGCUCUUUAAUUUUGCAGCCAUAUGCAUCCCUUCCUAAUUGUUUCGUGAUUGAACAGAUCUAUUGACUUCUUUUGUGGCUGAAUUAUAGAAGUAUGAUGAGAAUAUAA